AUGGAGAACAGGGAUAGCUUCCCUCGGCCCCCAGCGCCCUCCUACGCCCCCGGAACCGGAGCCGUUAAGGGCAUCGCGGUCCCUACCGGCGGGGACACGGCCGCCACCAACCUGACGUCGUCGUCGGGGUCGUCCUCGUCUCUAACGCUCUCCCCUCCCCGCUUCCUGCAACAGAUUCAUGCAGCUGUCAAGCGGCAGAGGCCUUUCGGUCCAAUGCAGUCUAAACUUCCAAGAGCAACUAGGGUCCUGGUUUCCGGAGGUGAGCAUGCAACUAAAGUUGGUGCCUGCCCUUCUGUUGCGAAAGACCCUGAACAAAAAGUUACGCAGCCUCAGAGAGGCCUGUUGGGAUCCUCUAGGCUGCCAAAUGCGACGCCUGAUCAAAGCACUCCUAAAUUAGGGUCCUCUACCCCAGAUGAGUUGAUGUUGACAGCUUCCUCAUCAAUGUUAAAAAGCACCAUUGAUACCCAUGCACAAAGUGUUGGCCAGAAGAAUAAUGAGGCUAAUCUGUUGAUUGAUAGGGAGAAGUCAGCUUUGGAAGCUUUGUCAUCUCAAAUUACAUCAUGCAGUGCAUUGAUGGGGGAAAGUUUCAAGAAAGGACAACUUGAUUUGGUUGGUAAUCCACAGUUGACGUCACAAAGAGAUAAUUUUCCUGCAAAUCAAGGAGCUCAGUACGAUCACCAGCAGAACCAUCAGGAGCUUGAAAUUGUUGGUGCAGAAGUUGAUAUGGAUAUCAAAUAUGAUGCGCCUAAUUUGUCUCGGAGAGGGAUUGAUGAGGCUCGUAAUCACAAUCAUGGAGAGCCAAUGACUCGUUUCUCUGCUAUUGGUUCAUCUGUCACUGCCAUUUCUCCACACUCAGGGCCUACUGUCCAAAGUUUACAAACUUCGCAGGUUAGCAGAUACACUUCACCAGUGCAGAUGCCAGAAUCUGCUGUAGAAUCAUCCAAGGGUGUACUGGGCCAUGGUUCUCAAAAGGAGCCUGCUGGUGCAACUGGUGUCGGUGAUUGGAAUCCCCACAACCAGCAGGUUCAAAAUCUAGGCAAUGGUGCCACGGACAAAGCUGUUUCCAGCAUUGGCAGAUUGCGUUCCGAAGGAUUACCUGCAAAUGAUCAGUCUACAUCUGCCAGGGAUGGUGGUGCUUCCCGACCAAACAAGGGUGAGAAGGAGCGCCACAAAAAGAAUUAUGAUCCUAAUGUUUUCUUUAAGGUGAAUGGGAAACUUUAUCAGAAACUUGGUAAAAUAGGAUCUGGAGGUAGCAGUGAAGUUCAUAAAGUUAUAUCAUCAGAUUGCAUAAUAUAUGCCUUGAAAAAGAUCAAGCUUAGAAGCCGUGACUACCCUACUGCAUAUGGGUUUUGUCAAGAAAUUGAGUACUUAAAUAAGUUGAAAGGAAAGAGCAAUAUCAUUCAGAUGAUUGAUUACGAGGUCACUGAUAAGAGUUUACUUCUAGAAAGUUCCGUGCCACCCAGGGAUGGAAGAAUUAAGGAUGAUCACUUUAUCUAUAUGGUCCUGGAGUAUGGUGAAAUUGACUUGGCUAACAUGGUUGCUCUGAAGUGGAAGGAGAGAAGCAACUCUAAUAUGAAAAUUGAUGAAAAUUGGCUACGCUUUUAUUGGCAGCAAAUGCUUGAAGCUGUCAGUACAAUACAUGAGGAACGAAUAGUUCACUCGGAUUUGAAGCCUGCAAACUUUAUGCUUGUGAGGGGCUCUCUUAAACUAAUUGACUUUGGCAUCGCCAAGGCCAUAAUGAAUGAUACAACAAAUAUUCAACGUGAUGCUCAGGUAGGGACUCUGAACUACAUGUCACCUGAAGCAUUCAGGUGUAAUGAUACAGACUCGGGUGGUAAUGUUAUCAAGUGCGGGCGCCCCUCUGAUAUUUGGUCUCUUGGCUGUAUACUUUACCAGAUGGUGUAUGGUAAGACACCAUUUGCAGACUACAAGACUUUCUGGGCCAAAUAUAAAGAAGUCACUGAUAGGAACCACAAGAUCAUGUAUGGACCAGUUGACAACCCAUGGCUGAUUGAUUUGAUGCAAAGGUGUCUUGCCUGGGACCGAAAUGAACGAUGGAGGAUACCUCAACUUCUCAAGCACCCGUUCCUCAAUCCUCCGGUUCCAAAGGAUCUACCGCCCUCUGACAAUGAUCCAUGUAGGUUGCUCAUGGAGAGGAUCAAAGCCCACUGGGAUAAUCCGGUGGUUCAAAAACUCCGUAGUUUAAUUGAAGAACUCGAUGGGGAUCAGUAA